UCUUUCUUUGUCGGUGUAGCGCUCCCCGAGUCAAACCCUGUGCAUUUGGCAGGUCCGAGAUCUGGUUGAUCGACUUAUUGAUUUCAACUAACUGAAAUCUGAUUACUUCAAGGCACCCUACGUGUAUGUCUACUUUGUAGUCUACAACUAUUGUCUAUAGAUACAGACAACUAUUGUCUAUAGAUACAGAAAUUAGCUCUACAAUUGUAGUUGCAGUUGCAGUGAAUACAGAAAUGUCAGCAGCAAUGCCAAUGCAUCGAUGAUCGACGUCUUUGCGAUGCCAAUAUUUCAACGCUAGCCCCUAGUGCAUCGCAGUUAGUGGCCACGCACUUAGAAAAGCACCAGUGCUCCCUGGAAAUAUGUCUACUCCGAGAGAAACUGGCUCCCAAUCCGCAACAUCUGAUCAGACUCGUGGAUGGUCACAGAGUGUUGACCGGGUAUGUCUGCUGGUGAUCUUUGCACUGGCAACUUUCUUGCGCUCCUACCGUCUGGACGACGUGCCCACUGGAUUGUAUAUUGAUGAAGUGGCCUUGACCGUGGAGGCCAGAUCGCUCGGACAAACAGGUCGAGACGUGGAUGGAAACUUUCUGCCGCUCUUUCCAACUGCACAGUUCUCUGCAGCAUGGGGAUACAGUGGAAUGAUCUACCAGCCUAUUUAUGUCUACUUCAAGGUUCCGUUCGAGCUCUUACUUAGCAGAGGCGUCGUUUCGUCCGUCCGCCUGCCGUCCGUUAUCUGGGGCCUGUGUGGAAUUGCAACAGGUACCGCCCUCUGCUGGGUGAUGCUGAAAGGUACCGGUGUACACCCGCAAGCAAGGCGGCUAGCAUCACUGGCCGUAGCGCUGCUCGUGGCUAUCUCUCCGUGGCAUCUUCACUUCAGCCGGCUGGGCUUUGAAGUCAUCUCGUGUCCAGUGUUCAUCACGUCUGGUACCAUGCUGAUGAUUGCAGGCACUGUGAAUACGAGGAGAGGGACGGCGGAUCAAGCACCAUUACUAACGUGGGCGUUCAUGAUCGGUGUUGCAGUGUUAACACUGUCGGCGUAUGCGUACCACACUGCCAGGUUGUUCGCACCCCUCCUGGCCCUGAGCUUCUGUAUUUGCUUCUACAUGACUCAUGGCAAGUCACGAUCGCUAUCACAAUUACUGUCAGCACAGGCACUCAAGUCGCUUACUGUUACCACCACCGUUGUCCUCAUCACGCUAUUGCCACUGCUGGGUCACGAACUGACAAAAGUACAGGAUACCGAUCCGAAGGCACUUUCUGAGUGGUUCCAUCGGAACUUCAUCUUCACGUCCAAUUUUGAUUACCUCAAGAGGACGUCGCCAGCAUUGAAACACCUUGCUCAGAUGAGCUGUGAGAAUGAGACCUGCUGGUCAGAGAUCCUUCUCGGUAAUCAACGUCUGGCUGGUAUCUAUGUCUUCCUCUACAACUACGUCGUCUAUCUGUCACCGUCGUUUCUCUUCUUCAACAAGGAUGUCAACCGCCGCCACUCAAUGACAGGGACAGGAACACUGCUGGCCCCUGAAUGUGUUCUGCUUGUUUCUGGCCUAUACUGGGUACUGCGAGAUGCCCUGGGACCUACUUCUGGGAAAGAGCGAGAGCCCGAAAAUGAAGACCUGUGUCACGACUACAGGACUAGACUGAGCCGUUUCUUAUUGAUGUGGUACGCUCUGUGGCCAUUGCCGGCAAGCUUGUGCGUGCAGUCACCGCAUGCUGUGCGCUCGUUCGUUGCGAUGCCAAUAUUCGAGCUAGUCAUGGGCUACGGAAUUUCUCUGAGUGCCAGCAUGAAGCUAAUGUCUGGCAUGCCGGAUAACCAGCCGGAGCAGACACAUCUGAAGCUCAAACCAGAAACGAGCAAGAAAACUGAUAAGCGGCCGAAGUCAACGCUGCCUCGUUUCAGAGAAUGGCUCAAUUCGCAUGGACACCAAUUAGUACCGGUCUUGCUCAUGCUCUACAUCAUCUGGUUCGUAUAUGCUUUGGCCGCAUACCAGGUGCGAUUCUUCACCAGCUACCAUGAGGAAUCAUUGAAGAAUUUUAACUAUGAGGCUGCGGUCGAAAGCUUCACAGAUUUAAGACAAGCCAGAUACUACAAUAAAUCCCGGGUGCUUGUCACCCAGAACGUGGACAACAGCUUUGUGUACAUCAUCUACGCGGAGGACAUAGAAUAUCAGUGUUUGCAUUCGCACGCCAUAGGUGACAAUAAGACGGUAGCAGAUCACUUGAAUGCAAAGCUUGCACGCUGCCACCUGCCGUACGAAAUAGCUUUCAACGAUGUCGCCCACGACUAUGUGAUGACCAAAGAUGACCUGCUAUUGUUGGACAUUCAGACACUGAAGCGCUACCCUGAAGACGCCCAUAAGAGUUUGCAGCUGGUCAAGCAGUGGUUUAAUUAUCAUGGCGUGGUUCGUCUUAGGCAGGUGGAGCAUCUAGACAAGGAUUUGGUGAGCGAUGAAGACGAGUUUUAGAAUAACGAUCUAUAUGCGGACAGCAUGCCGUUUCGUCCUAGAAUAACAAUCAAAGUCCUCCACGACUGCACGACCAUUCAAGCUACAAGUACUUCGAAGUAUAUAAAUUAAAUAUCAUAUCUAGCACAAUCGUGUCUGAAGAGGACCGCGCUGAAUGCCACAUCUUAUGCAAUGUCUUGAAUGAAGUAUAGCAGAACUUGGGAGUGCUUGUGGAACUUUGAAAUAGCUAUUUUAACGAAUUAUCUAGAACUCAGUGCACGUAGUGGUGUUUGAAAAUUGAAACCUGUUUACAGUUAUAACAUUGCCUGUGCCUGCACAUAUUUUUGACAUUCAGUAUUUCUCAGUUGGGAUUAUUUCAAGGACCAAUAUGAAAUAUCAAGGUCAUGACACACCACUGAA